UUUACGUGGGGGGGCUCCAAGAUGGCAGCGAUGUUAUCGGCAAGGAGAGGCUAGUGGGGAAGAGGGGAGGUACUCUGACCUGGUUAAGGGGGAGGGAACGGGCGGAGGAGGAGCUGGGGGUUGUGGGUGGCGAGGUUGGGUCACCGAACAGGUGGGAAGGGGGGUGGGGGGGGGUGGAUGAUGGCGGAGCCGCGUCGGGUGCCGUUCAUUAGUCUGUCACCCGUGAGGCGACGAGAAGGUGAGUCUCCGGUGCUAGAGCGAGAGACUGGAGGGGGCCGCGAGCCAGAGCAGCCAUUAGCGCGUGAGGGCCUGAAACUACCAGAUCAGCAGGAGCACCACCACCACCACCCCUAUGAGAACAGUCGGGUAGAGCCGCCAUCGCAACCCUUUGAAUCUUGUCCUCGGCCAGAGUCUCAUCCUGUGACAUUACCGCGGGAGAUCAGUCGGCCUGAGCUGACACCAAAGCCGCCUCAGCCGCCACCCCAGCGAGAGUCCCCAAGGCCAGAAGCACCGCCGCUGUCGUCUCAUCAGCAGCCAAAUCAAGAGAACAACCGACAGGAAUCGCCGCCACUAUUGGAUCAGACGGUUCGCUUUGAGUUGAUCUUGAAAGAUCCCACGGAGGAGAGCUGCGUGGAGUUCAGCUAUCCCGAGUUGCUCUGGAGUGGCAAGGCCCGGAAAAAAUCACUCAUUGAAGACCCAUUUGAUAAUGAAGAGCAUGAAAGGCAUGAAGUGGAAAUGCUGGCUAAGAAAUUUGAAACAAAAUAUGGUGGAAAGAUCCACAAACAUCGGAAGGACCGAGCUCAAGAUCUGAUAGAUAUGGGUUCUGGUUAUGAUGUAAAUGAUCCUUUCAUCGAUAAUUCAGAAGCUUAUGAUGAAUUAGUUCCUGCAUCCUUGACUACAAUAUAUGGAGGCUUCUACAUUAAUACUGGAAUUCUGCAAUUCCGCCAAGCAUCUGAUUCUGAAGAGGAGGAUUUUACAGGAAGCAGGAAGCAUAAACCAUCUAAGUUUGGUAAACUAAAAGAUGGUGAUGACCGCAGUAUGAAGAAACGAAAGCGAAAAGAAGAAGAGGCAGAGAAGGAGAAAAAGCCUCGGAAAAUUAAAGUUACUAAGCAGUUGGGGGUAAUAGCAUUAAAUUCACACAAAUCUGAAAAGAAGAAGAAAAAAUUAUACAAGGAUUCUUUUUCAUUGGCUGCUAUGAUCCGAAAAUUUCAGAAAGAGAAAGAAGCCUUUAAAAAAAAGGAGGUUAACCUGAAUCCCACAGUAGCAGCUACCUGUUCUACACCCAGUAAACUUCCUAUGGCUCCUACUAUUGGUGGUAGUGAUGUGUCUGACUUGAAUCUCAGCAUUACAGAUCCAGUCCUUUCUAUUUUUGGCAGCACUAAUGAACGUGAGCUCCUGCAGGAAGCUGAAAGUGCCCUGGAGAUGCUGGGAGACAUUGAUUUUGAUAGGUUGCUUGAUGGUACCUCUGAUGGAAGCCCGGUAUCUGAGCCUUUAGGAGAAAAUGGAAGUGUCACUCAGCCCCCCCAUACUGCUGAGGUUCUGACACUGAAACAAGUGCCUGCCCUCCCAGAAGGUAUACCAGGACAUCUAGAAAAGCGUAUUGAAGACCUUAGGAUUGCUGCCAAGCUCUUUGAUGAAGAAGGCAGAAAGAAAUUCUUUACACAGGAUAUGAAUAAUAUCUUGCUCGAUAUUGAGAUGCAGCUACAGGAAUUGAAUCCUACUUUCCGCAAUGGAGUGUAUUCUCAUCUUGAAGCUUUUGUGCCAUGCAAUAGGGACACAUUGAUAAAACGUUUGAAGAAAUUGCAUCUCAAUGUCCAGGAUGAUCGCUUGAAGGAACCAUUGCAAAAAUUGAAGUUGGCUAUCAGCUGUGUCAUGCCUGAACAACUAUUCAAAUACCAGGAAGAUUGCCAGGCACAUAGUCAAGCCAAGAAUGCCAAAAUGCAAGCAGAAGAUGAGCGAGACAAGAAUGGUUCAGAAGAGGAGGAUGACGAGAAACCAGGAAAGAGGAUUGCAGGUCCAAGAAAAAAAUUCCACUGGGAUGAGACAGUGAGGACUUUGCUGUGUAACCUUGUCAAGAUAAAGCUGGAUUGUUAUGAGCUAGAGCCAAAUAAAAGUCAAUCUGCAGAAGAUUACCUCAAGACAUUUAUGGAGACAGAGGUGAAACCUCUUUGGCCAAAAGGUUGGAUGCAAGCUAGGAUGCUCUUUAAAGAAAGCCGAAGUGUUCAUAAUCAUCUCACAUCUGCUCCGGCAAAGAAGAAGGUGAUUCUGGCACCUAAACCCAAAGGAAAGGACUCUAGUCCAAAGAAGGAGCAGAGAGCAUGUCCCCCUUUUACUUCAGCUUGUGUUCCUGCUUCAAGUACUAGCACACCUAUGAAUGCUGUAACCAGCUUUAUUCCAGCUCCAGAGACAAUUUGCCUAGAUGACUCACUGGAUGAAGAUCUGUCAUUUAAUCCGCCUUCACUGGAUUCUGUUUCUGAUGCUCUGGCUGCUAUUAAUAAUGGGGUCAAGAGUUCUUCUGUUGUGUCCCCUGUAGACACAUCUGCUUCAAGACCUCGGGCUGGGCUAAGAGAAGAGAAGUUAGCAAGCAUAAUGAGCAAAUUACCUCUGUCAUCCUCAAAAAAGAUAGAGGCUGUUCAAACACAACAUUCAUCAAGUCUUAUAGCUGGACACACAGGACCAGUACCAAAGAAAUCCCAGGAUUUGCUUCAGACUGGUAUCUCUUCAGGCCUUAUUGCUGGAUCUUCAAUUCAAAAUCCCAAGGUUUCCUUGGAACCAUUGCCAGCCAAGCUUCUGCAGCAAGGAUUACAGCGGUCAAGUCAAAUACAAGCUGCUUCUUCCCAGACCCAUAUUUCUUCCUCCUGCAAAGGACAAGCUACAGCUUCUCCUACUUCACAAAGGCCAAAGGAUACAGUUAUGCUUGUAACCUCCUCAGAAGUCCAAAGCUGUGGUCCCUCAACAGUACAAGUGGCAAAAGUUCACCAGCAGCCCACUGCCCAACAAAAAUAUGUGUCUCCUCUGCAAGUUACUAUUAGUAAAUCUCAAACCAAUCCUGUGGUAAAAUUAAGUAGCAAUCCCAAACUUUCCUGUUCUUCCCCAGUAACCAAGACUUCAGAUAAACCAGUAGUAUACCGCCUUCCUUUGUCUAAUGCCACCUCUGGGAGUUCCCAAAUGGUUCACCCACUUGUGUCUCGGACAACAUCCUGCACCUCUACCUCUAGUAAUUAUUUGGCCAAGGCCAUGGUAUCACAUGUUUCUGCCCAGGGUUUCAAGCCUCCUUUCUCCAUGGUUCCCUCUCCUAAACCAGCUGUCUCUCCCAAACCUUCAGCGCCCAAGCCUUCUGUAACAUCCAAACCUACUACAUCCCUUAAACUGCCCUCAUCUAAGUCCACCUCUACAAUCAAGCCCAUGUCAUCAUCUAGUUCUUCCAGUCCAAGUACACUAGUAUCCCAGAACAGUCACUCCAACAACAACAAUUCCCUUCAUAAACAGUCCAGUGGAGUAAGUGUCAACCGACAAUCUUCCACAAUUAAUUUACUUUCCUCUAACCGAACCUCAGGCUUUCAACCAGCAAAGAAUCCUCAAGCUCCUUCUAAAUUAUCCAGUUCCUCUGCCUCUGCAACUGCUGGCAAAAAUAACAUGAGUGGAGUUGGAUUGAAUGUACCUAUCAAUAGGGGAAGCAGCUUAAAUGCAAGUGGGGCUAGUAGAACUAAUCCCUCUGGAGCAGCAGGAAGUGGAGCACAGGGUGCUACUAAACAGUUAUCAACUCCACAUAGACCAUCUUCUGCCUCAGGGUCUACAGUUAUACCAGCCAGUGUACAGUCAACAACAGGUGCAUCAUUACUGGCAAAUGCUUCACCUUUGACUCUCAUGGCAUCACCAUUGUCUGUAACCAGUCAGAAUGUGACAUCUACUCCAUUGACUCCUUUUGGGAUGCUGGGGAGUCUUGUUCCAGUGACUAUGCCUUUUCAGUUUCCAUUGGAGCUUCUUAGCUUUGGAACAGACACGGCUGGAGUGACAGCCACCUCGGGAUCUACCUCAGCAGCUUUCCACCAUAGUAUAACUCAGAAUUUAUUGAAGGGUUUACAGUCAGGAGCUCAGCAUUCAGCAGCACUGUCUCAUACAUCUCUGCCUGCUCAUUUACAGCAAGCUUAUUCAGAUGGCCAAAGCAAAGUGGAUGCUAAGUUACAGAGGAAAACCCAGUGAUGUCCUGCUAAAUAAGGGAGUAAACGUGGUUCUACUUUGCUGAUGGAGAAUGACCAGUUGGGAAAGUGCUUACAUGGACACAGAGCUGCUGUUUCUGUCAAUGUUUACAUAUUCUGAUCCUAAGCACUGUGGUGAGGACAAAAACAAAAAUACUUGAUCAAAGAGAGAAGAAAAAGGAGGAAAGUGUUCUUAUAAAAUAAUUCAUAGUUUGAUUUUGUUUUUAGGACAGUUCUCAAAGCCUUUUAUCCCAAUUAUCUCAGAAAGGGUUGGCCAAACAGGUUCAGUUGUCAAACCUACAGCAACCCAAACCUUUUUGCAGGCUGAUGUCUGAUAAAGGAACUAUAAAAGGAAACUAAAGUAGACAUCUGUAUCCACCAUGCAAGUAAGGCCAUCCAUCCUGUUCAGCCAUGUGGAGGCUUCAGGAAAGUCUUCAAGCUAUAGCAGUUAGAAACAUUCUCUGCAAGUUUGAAUAAGGUGGAAGUAUAGAGGAGAAAAAGUGUUUUAUAUCAGCAUAAAAGGAAGUCUGCAUUUUCUCUACCCAAAAUCAAGGCUGCUUGUUUGCUCUUUGAAGAGCCUGAAGAUUAUACAAAAUUUGCUUUGGGUAAUAUUUUCCCUAGAUACUGUAACUGAUCAGGACAGAGAUUUUUCUAUUUCAGAUAAAGAUUUAAAAAAUGGUGAGUGUUUUGUAAUCACAUUUCAGUGGAACUUAAAAUCUUCCUUUUAGUAUCAAAAUUUCAGAUAUAAGAUUAGCAUGAAUUGGCUUUAUCAUAGCAUAGCUUUGUUUUCAAUACCUUUGAUGGAACGUUUAUUUUAUCACUUUUAGAUUUGCUGAACCAUUUCAGAGUUGCCUUAUUUUUCAUAUAUUGAUAGAAUGUAGAAAUAUUCUGUUUCUCUCCUUUGUGAAGAUAGUUUUGGAUUCUUCCUCUUCUAUUAGCUUUGAGAAGAUAUGUGCUGUAUUGAUUUCUUACAGCUUUUAAGUAAGACCUUUUAUCAGAACUGUUCAAAGCUCUCUCCAAAGAGUAUAGUUGAGGUGCCUUCUGUUUUGGCUUUAACAUUCUUAUUCCCAGUAUUCUUUAAAUCUGCUAAGAUGGGAGAUACUUGAUUUGUUGUUGCUUGAACAUACAACUUGUAGGCUGGCUUUGAUUUUGAAACCAUUAUGUUAAGAGUCUAGGAAAGAAAUGUAGGAACUGCUUUGUAUUGCACUCAUUAAUUAAUGCAGAAGAAAUGUAUUUCAGGAUGUAAUUCUGGGAGAAAAAGUCAAAACAAUGUCACAUUAUGUUGUAAACGUUUCAGUGGAGGUCAGAUCUAAAAAUCAUAGUUUAAUCCCCAAACUAAAGCCUUUUCUAUAAUUUAAAUCUGAUAUUUUAUUUUUUAGUAAGAGUUGAUUUUUUAAAUAUUCCUAGCGAUAUGGUCAUCAUCCAGAAGAAAUAUGUACAUAUGCCAGCAUGUUUUGCUGGAGGCUUAUUUAAUUCCAACUGCAAUCCCUUGUGCUGCUCUAAAGGGAAACCACAUUUAAAAAAGACAACUAGCUGUAUCUAUUGAGCAGCAUUAAUUUCUACAGUAUGAAACUCAGUAAUAUCUAUAGCUUCUUAUAGAAUUCUAUUUCUUAUGUGCAUAUAGUUAUACUGUUUGGUGGCCAAGAUAACUCUUCUGCUGUUUUGUGACAGACAUGUAUUUAGUUACCAAGUUUACAAAUAUAUGUUAUUUCAUCUUACAAAGCCAGGUAGCUAAUCUUACUGAUUCAGAUUACUACUUAUCAUAUUUGUAAAACGUGUAUAUUUAAAUAAUAUAUAAUAUAAACAUAGUAACUGAAUGUUGGGUUGACCCUAUUAAUUUUUUUACAAACUUGCACAAAAUAUGGAUUAAAAAUAGAGUCAAAUCAAUCUUGAUACAAGGUAAACAAAGGGCUUUUUAAAAAGAUAACUGAUAGUUUGGUAGAAGAAACUACAAAGUUCAGAAUGUUUUUUGCAUCUGCAAAGCUUUUCUUUCUUCUCCCUUCAAUAUUAAUUGGUUAAUUUUAUUCUCUUGAUUGAUUUACCUUCAUUUCAAAGGUAAGCAAAAUGUUCUCCAUGAGCAUAUCCUACAAAUAGCCAAAUAUACAGUUCUUACUGAGACUUACUGUUAUCUAAGUUGUUUCCUUUUGGCAACUUCAGAUCUGUGUAUUUAAACAUGUACACACACAUGCACAUAUAAAUAAAAAAAAUACAUUUGGAAGAAAAGAUUUAAAAUUUAAAAAAUUAUAUUUGAAACAAUGGUUUUAAAAUAUCAUAAAAAUGAAAUUCUCUUAAAACAAGAGGCAUAAUAAGAGCCUGACAUUCCAUAUUACAUUAUGAAAACUAAAUAUUAAGUAGUUAGUAACUUUUAGAUUUAGUUAUCUCUUAUACAGAAUGAUAGAAAGUGUGAAAGGUAAAACAUUUUAAAAUAUAGAUUUACCUUUCAAUUCCACACAUUUGCCCCUUAGAAAUAAUACAGUACAGAAUAGAAUUAGUAGGAGUUAUAUGUUUCUGAUUAUGUUUUUCCAUAAAUUCAAAGCAAAAUAUUUGGUGGCAGAAAACGGUUUAUGUUUAUGUUAAAAGAGUGAAAAUGUUCUCAUAAAACCAAAUAACACAAGUGGCUUUCUUAUUGCUCUUCAAUAUUUCUUAUGUAGAAUUUAAUGAAAGCACAUUAAUUGAUUUGAGUUUAUGAUUCUUAUUACAUGGCAUGCAAUUGGGACCUCUUUGUUUUGCUAAACAUAUGAAGAGUGUUCAGCUUUUCAGCUUAAUAGCAAACUGGAGUAUCUGGAGACAUAAUGCCGUGAAAGAAGUGAUAGAAGACAAUUGCUCCUGAGAUCUCAAUAAAAUAAGAUUUUUAUGAUCAGAAUAAAUCUAAGUGAUAACUCCAUGAGUUUCUCUACAAUGGACAUAAGGACAUAAAGAAGAUAAUCAGAACUGAAAAGAGCAGAUAUAAUAUCAGCACUAUUACAAUGCAAGAAAUAUAUACUUCCUGCACAGCAAUUUUUAAUUUAGAUGUUUUUAACAGCCUAGUUUGUCUUAAAAUGUAUUUGGAGAGUUAAAUAGCUCUUAUGUUAAAUCUGUUCAGUAUUCACAAGCAAUAAAAGGUAAAGUUUUCGUUUCUGAAUUUAAAUUGUUUUGAGGGUUAGGGCUAAAAUAGUGAUCUUACACUGAGCCUCAAAUAUAAGCAAUAAUUUUGACAUACAGGUUUUGAAUUUCAGAAUCAUUUAAAUUAUGUCUUUAUUGUCCAAUGGGGACAGUUAGCAAUUCCGUAGGUUAUCUUGGAUCUUUAUGAAGUAUGGAGAAAUGAUAUAAACAAUGAACAAAGAACUGUCUUAACAAUGCAUACUUUCAUCCCCAAGAUAAUAUUUGAUGGCUUAAAAUCAUUCCUUUUUCAGCCUUUCAUAUUGUCUUGUCUCUAGCAAGACAGAUGGGAAUGUUGAGUCAAAAUCUCAGGUGUGGGUGCUGUGGGUUUGACAUCUGUUUCCAUGAAAAUAGGGUUUAAUUUAUUCAGUAGGCUAUGAAUGAGGCAGGUAAUCAUGGUAUACUUCUUCAAACUCUUAGCUGACUAAUCUAACCUCCAUUUAGCCUCUCCAUUUGAUCCAAAGCAGUUGAUAAUAAAAUAAUUCUCAAAUCCCAAACUACCAUCCCAAGCUACCAUUAUGACAUUGAAUCAUAAUCAGAUGAUAGUUUGUUAGGACUCAGUUAUUUACUAUGUUUGCUGCUACAUUCAUUAAAAUAUUUUUGAUUAUAUUUAUAAAUACAUUUAAAUCUAGUUUACACAGUGAUUUUUAGAACUGUUUGCCCAGAAAAAAAAUUAGGAUGUUAGUUUUUUGGAAUGUUGACAAAUGAUAAUUAUUACUGUUAUUUUUGAACUUUUCAGAAUAGUAGUGCAGGAAAAAAAUCAUGUUAAAUUUUGGAAAGUUUUUUUACCUAACUAUUUACAUAACUUGUUAUGUUGGAGGUCACAGAACACUUUUUAUUUUCCAAAAACUUAACACCAAGAUUAGAGUAAUAAAUAGAUAUCAUAAAAUGUUUAUGCAAUUAUAAUUGUAUGACCUUUAGAUUUUUUUAUAUAUAUACUUUAGUUCUAUCUCUAAAUGGAGUUACUCCUCCAACUUACUUGAUUCAGGCUUUUGGUUAAGUGCCUUUUCUUUUUGUUCCCUCUUAUCCCCAUAAAGUAUAUUCAGAGGUCCUAAAGUGUUUGGAGAUAUUUGGAAAGUCCUUGAUCCUGUCCAAAUGACUUUAUGUUGUUAAAAUAACCCUUCUGUAAUUAGUGUUCAGUAUAUGUAAUGUUAUAACUGCUGUUGCAUAACUGUCAUUCUUACGUGCUUGUUCUUUGCACACAGCACUAUUUUCCUUAUGUUGAAUCUGUUUUUUGUAGUAUUAAUGUUUACUUCUGAAAAUGAACUUUGGCACAAUUUAUAAACAGUGUAUUUGAGCAACUAUAAUGAAGUGGUUUGUAGUACACUAAGCCAUUUCCACUGGAGUUUCAGAUUGUAAUUUAAAAUACCAGUCUAAUAAUCAUAAUGUUAAACCAGCCAUUCUAAAAUUUGACAUUUUUCCCUGUGACAGAGAAAGAGCAGAAUAUUUCUUCACAUUAAAAAUGUUAUAAAUAAUUUAUAUUUGAAUGGUUACAUACUAGUAGACAAUAAAAUAUUUUAUAUUUCUGCAAUAAAAAUAUUUUCAUAUGGCCUCUGAUGCCUAAGAAGCCUAUUGCUUCACCCUAAGAAGCUGCCUGUUGAUGGUGACAGUGAUUUCAUCUUCUAAAUUAAAAUUUUAGUUUUCCAUGCACCAAAUACAGUGAGAGCCUCUUUGCAUUGCUCAGAUACAUAUCUUUAGAUAUAUUAUAAAACAAAAUUUUGCUUUAAGUAACAAAUUGGCUAAUUUGAAGAAUAGCAGUAUACUUUUAAACAAAAAAAAUCACAGCAAGAUUUCACUGUUUUUUUACCAAAUCUGUUGCCAAGAUCUGUGACAAAUGUAAGAAUGCAACCCACCAAUCAAAAUAAGUAAUCAUACAUUCUAUUUUUUUAUUGUAUUUGUAAAACUUUUAACUUUUUAAAACUACCGUAUAUUAUUACUAAGGUUUUACUGAUCUUUAAAACAAAUAUAAGUUGCAUUCUAUUUCAAAUAAAUUCUGAAUGGAUGGUUGAAUACUCGAAUAACAUUGAAUACUGCUAAAAAUUAAAGAACUAUCUUUUGUUCAGAUAAAGUAAUUUGGUAUGAUUAAGGAAUAUAAAGUAUUUUAUGUAAUUAGUUAACAUGUUUCUAAUUGCAGUGACAGAUAAGAGAGAAGGUUGAAUUUCCUGCAAGAGUCUAAAGAAACUUCCUUAUAGCAAGGAAAUUCUUACUAGGAAGAAAGGGAUCAGUUGUCAUGCUGAAGUUUAUUGUAAACUAGAUAUUUGGUUUUCAAAAUUGAGUUUUUACAACUUUGAACCAUUUGUUCCUAUUUUUAAGAAUUAUUUUCUGAAUGUAUUUCUCAGGACACUAUUGCUUAGGGUUUUUUUAUAUACCUUUUAACAAUCUUUAGAAGUUGGAGAAACUUGUGUUAACACUUGAAGAAAUCACCUAGAAUAAUCCAUUUAGAUAUGAACUUGAUCUAGGCUUAAGCACCUGGAAAAUGACUGGCAGAAGUGAAUGCCUCCAUAACAAUCAUUUCAGAUACCAGAAAUAAUAUAGAUCAGGUUAAACUGUAAUAUGGAGAGCUGAGGAAGGGAUACCUGAUGACCUAGAACAGGGGUGUCAAACUUGUGGCCCAUGGGCCAGAUGCGUCCCAUGGUGGCCACUCCCACCCCCGGUUUAGCGAAGGGGGGAAGAUUGCAAUAUGUCAUGUGACAACAAUGUGUCGUUGAAAGUUUGACACCCCUGACCUAGAAGAAUCUUCUGCCAGCCCUCUUGCAGAUAUCUAAAUCUGAAUCCAUCUCUAUAUUUACAUAAUUACCAAUUGUUUCUUCUAAUUGAAUUAUAUUUUGUUCAGCCAUGUCAGAAAACUAGGAUUCUCAUCAGUUUCAUCUGGAGCAAUUUUUGUUCAAUGAAAUAUCUUUCUUCUAUGUAACAAACACAUUUCUGGAGCUUUGUAUCCCAAUUAUAAUUCUUUAAUCUUUGCAGUGCCCCUGAAACAAUAUAAGUAAUGUACACUUUGUGUUAUAAAAUUUUACCUUUUAUAAUACAUUAGACAUUUUAAUGUGGUGUGGUAAAAGGGAAAAUAUUUGAUUGUCCCGUCACAUAUUGGAAUAGUUGAGAAAAGUCAGCUAAUUUAAAAGUAAAAAUUGUAGGUAAGGCUCUCAGACCUUAGAGAUGGUUGGUCUUUAGUACAGUAGCAUUUUAUUUUCAGCACUGCCUUUCUCUGUAAUGCUUUAGUUUGAUUUUAGUAGUCAGUAAAUUUGCUUAUUACAAAAUUCCAUGUUUAGUAUUACAGAUAUUUCCCCCCGGCUGUUGUUAAUAUCUACCCAAAGAAACAUGACAAAGCUUUUUGAAUGUGUGUAUUAUGAAAAUAUUUUUGUAAAAGUGAAAUUAAAUUUUAAAUAGCAGGAACAUUUUCACUACAAUGAUAGGGUUCUGAGAGACUAGGUUUUUAAAAUCUGAUGGUGAUAUCCUUUUACUGACUAUAAUCAAAAAUGUAGAUAAAAAACAAUCUGCCAUUUGAAAUUAGUAAAUCUGUAAGUAGAUAAAAGUUUUCACCUGUACAAAGAGAGGACAAUUAGUUAAUUAGAUCUCCAUUCACAUAGAUCCUUCUUUAGAGAAGUGAUCUGAAUAUCUUUCUUCUUUGGCACCUUUCAGCAGUGGAUUGAAGAAUCCAGAGGAUUAAACAUCAUGUUGUGGAAACUGGUGCUCUUUUUUGUAUGUAUUUUCAGUCAAGUACAUUUACUUAAAAUAAAUUUAAUUUAAAUUGCUGAGCAGUGUUACAUAUUGCAUCCGUCAUCAAACAUGUUUUAAUCAUAUUCAGUACCUAAGUAUCACAAUUUAAAAUUAAAAAUAUGUUAGGAUUUUCUAAGCUGUAAGAUAAAUUCUGCAGUUGGACAUUGAUGUGAUUAUAAAUAUGAAACAUUGAGCUGAACUUGUCAUUCUAGAAAAGAACAUGCUUUUCAUAAAUUGAUUCUAACAAUAGUGCAGCUUUCAAGUUAAAUAAAUCUAGAAAUUCUAUUUUAGUAUUUUCCUCCUGAUGGAAACAAUAUUUCUGAAUACUUUCUCAAUAUUCAGCAAGAAAGCUUUUAAAAUACCUGGUUAGCCAUACAAAACAAGGAGACAUCAUGAUUGACAAAAUUGAUCCACUGAUACUUGUGGAACAUGGUUAUAGAUUUCCUAAUGACUUAUUUAAAGUACCUAUUUUUAUCAAGUUGUUGGUGCUAUAAUUAUCCAUGCCUGGGAAACAUAUCUGAAGCAGUUAUUCUGUUCUGUUUAUAGCUUGGCUCUCUGAACCUGAGUAUUUCUAAAAUUAGUGGAAGGUUUGAGCCAUGUGAGAAGAAUAUUUGUCUUCCUUGUGACAUGUUUUCCAUGCAACAAAUAUGUAGCUACUCUCAAUAAGAGGGCUUGUAUAAUUAUACACAUGAUUUAGUUACUUGUGCCAACUGCUUUUUGGCUUAGUUUUUACAGAAAUGUGUUCUACCAACCUGAAAAAUUUGAAAGAAUAAAUUGAUCUUUUUCUCCUAUUUCAAUGAUUCCAAACACAAUAUUUGAAUUAUUUUUUCCAUAAUAAUCUCAGGACCUGAAAGAUUGUAACAUAGUGUGUCUUAAAAGAUGUACUGCACCAGCCAUGAAUUUUGUAAAUAACCCUUUCAAUUCUCCUUUUUAUAAAUAUCUGUUUUAAAGUAUGUUAGGCUCUUUAUCAGAAGACCUGGUGCCUGCUUACUUUCCAUGUAAAACUGGAGUACAGAAAAGGGGAAGCUGCUGCCACAAAAAGCCUAUGCCAUUUCUGAAUGUAUAUUCAGGUCCUUUCCAGUUUCAAAAUACAGUUAAAUUAACUGGGAAACAAAUGCUUUCCUCUUAGUACAUUUUAUCAUAUCAUGGGCCUGAAAACUCAAAUGGUGAAUAGCAAAUAUUUGCUCCAAAAACUCAUGGGUUGAGUUUUCUAGAAGAGUGAUUUUUCUUCAGUGGUUUUCCUGCUUCUAUAAUCCAGGAAUUACUAUCUCAAUUUCACUUUUUCAAACAGGGUGUGGAUUAUUCUUUUGGCUGGAGACUUCAUCUGAGAAUCCAUCUAUAGUUAAUUAGCAGAUAUUUGAUCAGAAGUGAUCAGUUUGAGUGUUCAAACUGAGAGUAGAUGUUCCUGUCUUUAAAUGUGGCAGGAGUUUCAUGAGUGUUUUUCUUUUGUAUGUGACAUGUGUCUGUGCUGUAUUAAAUAAAGAGGAAUGUACAUACACA